AUGCGUCCCCUCCGCUUCUUGUUGUUACUCUUCUUUUUUGUCGCCCUUCCUGUAGCAUUGACCUUUUGGUCAUUGCUGGCUGCGAGCGUGAACGCUGUCGACUCAUUUCAACCCGGCCUCGACACGAAAUCUGGGCGCCUUAGGGCGUUCUUCUCCUUCUCGACCCCCUCCUCCCUAUUUCCACCUUCUGCGGUUAUCAGCCUAACCAACGACAACUCGACCUUCUUCCUAGCCAGACCGGCUGCCUUUGGUCCCAGCCUUCCGUCCAAGGGCUUAAGUGGCCGGCUGUGGGUCGGUAAGGGUUUUGGGGACGAUGCUUUGCUGAAGGAAGAGAACAUUCAAGUGGCCGGGUGGGAAUUGGGCUGCUCCGACGUUCCAGGAUGGGCUGAAGAGAAGGCAAAGAGCAUCAAGAAUCUUCCUGCAGUCGACCAAAGUCAGGCAAGGACCAAAAUACCACGAAGCAUAGACAAAGAUGGAUCAUUUCGUGACGAUUCCGGACCCCUCUCCGACGAGGCUUUCCUUCAAGACGACGGUACCGACGACUAUUUACACCGGCCUCUACCUGACUCGAACCCUGCAACCCCUGGCGAACCAGGCGAGCCUGCCAACGCCGAUCUCUCGGACAAGAAGCAGGCUACUCACGCGGACAUUGAAUCACUGCAAGAGAGCGCCGACAUUACAGGCAAGAUUGUCAUGCUGAGCCGUGGCGGCUGCGGAUUCUUGGAGAAAGUCAAGUGGGCUCAACGCCGUGGGGGUAUUGCCCUCAUUGUCGGCGACAACGAGAAGGGAGCGCAGUUGACAAUCAUGUAUGCGAAGGGCGAUACAUCAAAUAUCACGAUCCCUGCAUUGUUCACUUCAUACACAUCAGCCCAUCUCUUAUCUUCACUGGUGCCUCAAGAAGACGGUGACGACGAGGAUGCCAACCCCAAGGCUCACGAUAAGGCCACAACGGGUAAUUCUGGUGCAGACCAGAAACAACACGACAACCAGCCCAUCUUUACGUCCAGCAAACCUGGAGUUACGAAACCGACAUCUCUUUCUGCAGCUACAUCUGAUGAGGAGAGGGCUGAGAGCUGGAUGAAGAAUGUCUUGUCAGUCAUGGGAUUGGGAGAUAACUCUCCGUUUUCUCAUUCGGAAGACAGCCGUCGUCCACCUAGCAGCGGCAAUAUCGAUUGGGUCCUUCUGGAAGAUUGGAAGGAGGAGGCUGGCCCAGGUUUAAAGGAUAGUAAGAACACAUUGACAAACGUCGCUCCGGUGGCCACCUCGGCUCUCAAGGCAAAGUCGACGAGUACCAAACGGACUGGAGCGGAUGAUUUUGUGAUAGGAGUCCAAGACUGGCGAGACACUGAUCUCGUGGCACCGAAACCCACCACCACCUCACAAAACGCUCCUGAAGAAGCCGGCAAGGGUUUGCCCACCGAUACUGCGAGCUCGGCGAAAGCUUCAAGCAGUCCAGAUUCAACUCUAAAAGGUGGCAGUAUCACUCCUGGCAGCGGAGAAUACGACCAUGAAAAGUCAGAGCAUUUGAAUCGCUUCCAACGAGGCAAUGUACCAUCGGACCGGGGACACAGAAGUUCCGAUAACCAUCAGGGCCAAGAAAAGGGAUCUUGGUUUCAUGUUUUCCGCUCUGGCCAGGGAGCCAAUAGAAUUCCGGAAGGAAACGUACCCCUUGACGAACACGACAACCAGGGAAAGGAAAAGAGCUCGAAAAUAACCGGCUCAGACGACGAGCCUGACCGUCCUGGUCUAUGGGUUACCCUCACGCCCACAAGUGUUUCUGCUAGUCCGUUCGUCGACACACUUCUGGUACUGGUGGAUUCGACGCCGGAGAUGGCGCGCACCAAAAUCCCUGGUCGACCGACUGCCAGUUCGUACUUACCACACUAUGAGCACGACCUCGUCUACCACUACUUCGCGGGUGGAAUCCCCAGACAAUGCUUCGGCCACCUCACCACUACUUAUUUCUGCGAGCCAGAAUGUGUCACAACGACCUCGUCCGCGCUCGCAGACAACUACGGGAAUCUUCUCCGGUGGAAGCGUAGAAAGUCAACUUUCGCACUCUCGAAGUCCGCACACAGAGAAACUUACUUCGAAACCGGCUAA